AUGGCAGCGAGCAACGCCAACGAUGGAACGAAGGACUCUGUUGAGCUCUGGCGGCAUCCCCACCCCGAGUCUACGGAGUUCUAUGCAUUUCAGCAGCAUGUAGCAAAAAAGCAUGGCGUCCCGAGUUCGUCCUAUCAGGAUCUGUGGCAAUGGAGUGUCGACUACCCUGGGGCCUUCUGGGAGGAAGUAUGGCAUUACACGGGCAUAAAGGCGAACAAGCAGUAUGAUAAUGUCUUGGACGAAUCCGCACCAAUGUUCCCAAAGCCUGCCUUCUUUUCUGGUUGCGAACUGAACUUCGCCGAGAAUCUGCUAUUUCCUGCUACAGAGCCGCCCGAAGAUGGCCUUGCGAUCAUUGCCGCCACCGAGACCACACGCGAAGAAGUGACAUGGUCGCAGCUCCGUGGGCGGGUGCGGGAAUGCGCCGCUGCAAUGGAGGCGCAUGGACUGCAGAAGGGAGAAAGAGUGGCAGGAUACAUGGCCAAUACCUCGAAUUCAGUGGUCGCAAUGCUGGCAGCAACGUCUCUAGGUGCCAUAUGGUCAGGUGUCAGUCCUGACACAGGUGUCCAUGCGGUGCUCGACAGACUCCGCCAGAUUGAGCCAGUCCUCCUCUUUGCUGACAACGCUGUAACCUACAACGGCAAGACCCAUGAGACGCAUGCGAAGAUAUCGCAAGUCGUGUCAGAGUUGCCGUCCGUCAAAAAUCUCAUAAUCUUCGAGACGAUCCCAAGUCACCCGUUUGACCUGUCGUCCAUCAACAGCCACCCAACUACUACGGUGGAAUCGUAUGCCUCCUUUGUCGCAAAAGGCGACUACAAUAAGCCCCUUCGCUUCACGUAUUUACCUCCGGAGCACCCCGUUUAUAUUCUUUACUCGUCUGGCACCACGGGCACACCUAAGCCAAUUGUACACGCCUCACUGGGAACUCUUCUGCAGCACAAGAAAGAACAUCAAAUCCACUCCGAUGUGAGAUGUUCAGAACGCGUGUUCUACUUCUCCACGGUCACCUGGAUGAUGUGGCAUUGGCUCGUAUCAGGCCUAGCUAGUGGAGCAACCAUUGUUCUCUAUGAUGGUUCCCCAUUCCACCCUCAUAGAGAGAUGACUAUGCCUCUGCUCAUUGAUGAGCUAGAAAUCAAUCACUUUGGCACCUCAGCCAAGUAUCUGUCCCUUUUGGAACAGGCCCAGAUCCUUCCCAGGGAAGCUUCUCCUAAGAGAGCUACGCUCAAUUCUUUGAAGUCCAUCUUCUCGACUGGUUCGCCUCUUGCACCUAGCACUUUUGAAUAUGUCUACAAGAAUAUUUCGCCUCCGUCGCCCCAUCCUGGUAUAUUGCUCGGCUCUAUAACUGGUGGUACAGAUAUCAUCUCACUCUUUGGCGCGCCCUGCCCUGUUCUCCCUGUUCACGCCGGCGAGAUUCAGUGCCGCGGGCUCGGCAUGGCUAUCAAAGCAUUUUCCGCGGAUGGCAAGGAUAUAACUCUAACCGGUGAGCCUGGUGAGCUCGUCUGCACUGUUCCGUUCCCUUGCCAGCCGUGCAUGUUCUGGCCUCCUGGUCCCAGCGGCGAGAAGCGAUACAAAUCAUCAUAUUUCGAGGUCUUUACGGAUCCGGAUACCGGCCGUUCAGUGUGGCACCACGGCGAUUUUGUACGCUUCAAUCCUGCGACUGGCGGGAUCUGGAUGCUUGGCAGGUCUGAUGGUGUACUCAACCCUAUGGGAGUCCGGUUCGGCUCAAGUGAGAUCUACAACAUCUUGCUUGAGCACUUCAGUACCGAAGUAGAGGACGCAUUGUGCAUUGGCAGGAGGCGCAAGCAAGAUACGGAUGAGUUUGUGCUCUUGUUCCUCAAGAUGGCCCAGGGCCAGACGUUUUCGAAAGAGCUCGUCGAGAGGAUACAGGCUGUGGUGAAAAAAGAACUGAGCGCACGACAUGUGCCCAAGAUCGUAGACGAAUGUCCGGAGAUUCCGGUAACGACUAAUGGGAAGAAGGUCGAAGGAGCUGUCAAGCAGAUCGUGAGUGGGAUGGAUAUAAAGACUUCAGCCAGCGUUGCCAAUAGUGAUUGCUUGGCUUGGUACAGGGAGUGGGCAAAGACACAUUGA